GCAGCACUGGUAAAUGUUUUGAUAAUCGCAAGCAACGUGACAUGUUAAUACGUAAUAGUGCUGUUUCAUGUUGACCAUAUGAAUGUUGUUAAAUCUACAGCGAUUGUGGCGGAUGAGUUGAAUGAAAUAAAUAGUCUUAUUGAUAUACGAGCACGAAAACUACGUGUUAAGGAACGAGAAUUGAAGGAUAAAAUAAAAGCUUUUAAAAUAUGGGAAAAAGAUGCUUACGAGGCAUUGAGGCAUCAUGCCGAAACAUUAAUGCGCCACGCUAUACUUCGUAUCAAAAAUAUAGUGGAAAAGCAGGCUUCUCAGGCAAAAACAGUUUUAGAUACUUCUGAAAGCGUUAUGAAUCUAUGUAGUCAACAAAAAUCACAGAUAGAAAAACUGUUUCACGCUGCCAAAGAACCUCAACGACUUUUGAAGGAAUACAAAUCACGACUUGAUUCAGAAAGACGUCGUGGUAAAUUUUUACGUCGUCGAGUAACUCAAAUAGAAAAGGAAAAUAACCGGUUAAGAGAUAUGUGUCAACAUGAGACGUUUUCAAAGGAAGCGACAUGUAACGUGACAGCAACGACUAUGCUGGAUUCAACGCUUAAUGGAAAACAAAUAAGUCCGUCUUUUAAUUCACCAGACAAUGUUUAUAAGACCCACAAAUUUGUUUCGCAACAAAUAGAAUCUUCACCUCAUAUUUCAGCAAGGGAAUGUCAAGUUCUGUGUAAAAAUAAUUCUAGUGCUAACUAUGGGUCACUAUUAGAAGCUGAGGAAAAAAGCAACAAAGGUUUACCUUCUAAAGAAUCGAGUAAUUGUCAUUUGACAAUUGCUCCUUAUAAAUGCAGAGUGUCAGGUUAUACAAGUCCUCAUACAAUAAAGGAAUCUUUACGGCUGGUCGGUGACGUUCCAUCUUUUUUCAGUCGUGAAAAAGCAAGUGAAAUUUAUACUGAAAAUAAACAAGGAUAUGAAUGGAUACAUGAAAAAAAAAAACAUGUCGAUCUAGCUCAAAUUAUUCCAAAAGUUUCCAAUUUCAGCAUAUGUAAUCAAAAUUUUUAUAGUUUGCAAAGAGAAAAAGCGUUGUACAACUAUAGAGAAGAACCGUAUGAAAAAAGCAUUUCAGUGCCAGGUCAUUUGAACAUGAUUCAACGCAACGUUUUUACCAAUACAAAACGUCAAAGUGAACAGCUUGAAGGCCUUGGUAAAAAUGCGGGAACUGAGAUAAAACAAAAGAGUAUAAGUCGUCAAGUAUUACUAAACCCACAUACUUUAUUAGGUCACUCAACACAAUUAAAAAAAAAGACUUCUCCAAAACAACGCGUAGAUCGGUGGACAAUUAAAAAACUGCCUGGUUUACCCUAUCAACCAAAUGCUAUUAAAAGCAUGGGGGAUUUGAAGAAACAAGAUACAAAGAUUUUUGAUUUUUCCAGAGAAGACUCAUCUUCAAUUCAACGAUUUCUACAAUACGGAACAACUAAAGAGAAAUCAUCGCAGUUCCGCUCAGUCACACUGCCGCCUGCUUUUUCGUUUAGUAGGCCCAAAAGAAACGGUGUUAACAGCUUAUCUAUUCCUCCUACUAUGAAUGCUUUACGAAACAAUAGAAUGUUUACAGCGCUUCCUCAAAUCGAUAGUGAUCGACAAAUAGUCGAAUCAGCUACAAUGCUGCAAAAGCUGGCUCACCGAAUUAAAAUUAAAAAAAUGUUGCAAAGUGUCAAACUAUAACAACAAUAGUUUCAGUGAAAUUCUUUUUACGAAAAAAUAGACACUUGUUAGGGAGAGCAUUCUGAGACCUAUAAAAGAAUUUUUCAAAUGUCAAAAAAUGUUUGCUUUACUUUUUAGCCGAUGGUUUUACUGGUGUUUACUUUUCAGCAUAACAAAAUUAU